CAACAGCAGCAGCAGCAACAACAAACUUUAUCAAAGAAUGAAGGACAAUCAAACAAAAUUCAGCCAACACAGGAUCAGAUUCGUUUGGCUCAAAUGAUGAGCACCAAUCAGACAGAUGCCAAUCCUGAUACUGUGAAAGAGUUGAUGGCAAUGACAGGAAAGAGUGAAGAUGUGGUUGUCAUUGCACUUCACGACGCAGAACAUGAUGCAGACAGAGCGGUCAUGAUGCUCCUGGAGGGAGGGGAAGAACAGCAAGGGGAGUGGCGUGAGCAAGGUGGAAAGCGCAAGAAGAAGGCUGCGUCUCAGAAGGAUGGGUCCAACCACCUUGGUGAUGACCACUAUGACAGCCGCAACAAAGACAGAGGAGACAGAGAUGACCGAGACCGGGAUGGGGGGAGUGAUCGCCAAGAUCUUCCCCCAAGGAGAGGUAGACGUAACGGAGGACCCCCUCCUCGUCUUGCUAGAGGUCGAGGAAGAGAGAGGGGCAAUUUUGGUGAUCGGGACAACAACAGAGAUCGCAAUAAUGCCGAAGACUGGGACAACGAUCGCGGUGAUGACAAGAGAGAUCGGAGUGGUGGUGACCGGGGAAGGUCAAGAGGAAGAGGAGGUUUUGGUGGUCGCAGAACUGGUGGUGGGGGCCGUGGUGGACGCUUUAACAACAGUGGAGACAGAGAUAACAGGAGCUACAACCGUGUGCCUAGAUUUGAGAAGAUGAACAACAGUCAGCCUUUGGAUGGACCUGAGAUUGACACAUGGACUAAUGAAACUGCUGAAACAAACACGAGCAAAGAUACUGACUGGGACAACUGGAACGAGUCUUGGGUGAAUGAAGAGGACCAAUGGACUGGAACGCUGGAGGAGACAAAGGUGUUUACCCCGUCUCAAAUGAAGAUUGCAGAACCAGAUCCUGUGAUAAGUGAGCCCCCAAGCUCUCUCGGACAAAGGCUGGAUGUUGGAAGUCUCUUUAGUGAAUCUGCAAAGUUUUCGAAGGCACCCGACUAUAGCAAACCUAGUGGAGAUGCUUACAUCAACCAGUUCAAACAAGCUGCAACUGAGUCGAUCAAGAACACCAUUGGGAUUGGAAGCUCAUCCAGAACACCCCAGUCUAUGAGUUCGAUGGCCAUGCCCCAGCAGUCUGCGACAAACUCGCUCGGUCUGUCAUCUCUUACCCAAAGUUCGAGCCAGGUUCAGGACGGAGUGACCAGUGUCCUCUCCUCGCUAUCUCAGCAACAGGGGCAGCAGGUGGCUUCCAUGUCUCAGACAAUGAGCCAGCUUUCCCAGUUCUCACAGUCUCAGAUGGGCAUGGGUUCAGGCCAGCAGAGCCAGGUCUCGGGAAUGGCACCACAGCCAGCUCAGUUGCCUGGGCUUGGUGGUCAGCAGCAGGCAAGUAGGGAUCAAGCCCCACCAUCUCAGUCCAGGAUACCAUCUGUUGUUCAACAACAACAACAACAGCAGCAGCAGCAGAAUUUGGCGCAGUCCGGCUUGAAUAACAAUUUGCAGCAGCGUCCAAAACCCCAAAGAUCAAAGCUGCCCCCUCCCUCAAAGAUUCCAUCAACAGCUGUAGAAAUGCCUGGUCAUAUUCCCCGAAACCCUCAAUUCGAUCUGCAAUUUGGAAUCGACUUUGGCUCAGAGUCAAAUUCCACAUUUGCCUUUGGAACUGGCAGUGGUGAGAGUACAACAGCCGCCAAUACUUACUCUUCCACCUCAAAUGGAUCUUCGUCUGUGAUAUCAAACCACUUGAACCAAGCCCACGUGAGCAAUUCAAGUAGUGAUACAAACUCCAUGGUCUCCAGUAUCAUGGCGUCCCCCUCAGCGGGGUCAGCAAAGGUGCCAUCCAACAUGGAGCCGCAGCCGUCUGCUCGGCCGCCUGCUGUGUUCCAUAACUCUGUUUACAACUCCUCUUCACCGAAGACAGAGUCCCAAAACAUUGAAAGGGAACAGAACAAAAUUAGCGGUCCAGAGUCUAUGCCUUUCCCUUCGGCUCAGCUUGAAAGGAAGUCCAGUCCUAUGAUGUCAACUCAGCGCCCUGGACAGACCAGUCAGAAUCUCAAUACAGGGUCUUUACCCCCAAGCAAGAAUGACACUUCAUCAAACAACAUUGGAAACAACUAUUCGGCCUCAAAUGGAUAUGCCUCUUCUUACCAAGGUCACCAAAAAGCCUCCAGCAUCUCUCAGACACAGGCAUACACACACACCACGAAUUCACAGCCCCCGCAAGGCUCUUCAUUCCCAGGGCAGUUCCCAGCUAGUCAGUCUGCCUACCCGUCCUCGGCUCAGACUCAGUUCCCUGCCCCUCCCAGUGCCAACCAGUUCCCCCCAACUGGCCAACCUCCCCAGUUUAACAACACACAGACACAGUACACGUCCAAUCAGAAUCAAUUUGGGUCAGGAGGCUCCACAGGCCAGCACCCCUCCAUGCCUCAUGGAAACCACCAGUCUCAGUAUUCAUCAAAUACCCAGAAUGCCUAUUCCUCGGCUGGACAGUCACAGUACUCUGGAUACCAGAACAAUGCCCCGUUCCCCUCCCACCCCCCGUCUCAGUCAAACUUUGCCUCGUCCAGUCAGACUGGUGGCCCGAGCAGUUCUCUGUAUCCGACGUCGACUCAGUCGAGUGGUUCGUCCUACACGUCUCAGUCUAACACAUACCAAUCGCCCUCCGCGGGCUCAUACCACUCCAGGGACAACCAGACGGGUGCUGCUGUCAGCACACAGUCUAGCAGUGGAGUAGCAUUCCCGGCCACAGGCCAGACUUCUUCUCUGAAGCCUGCCACCUCUCAGACGAACUCCAGUUACAAUUCGCAAAAUUUCAACGCGUCACCGGCGCCUUUGCAGCCUUCGUCUCUGGCCAACAAACUUGGGGAGAGCCUCUCGAAAAUGACGAUGAAAGACACCACUACAGCUCUGGAUGGUCAUCAGUCAACACAGUUUGAACAUUCGAGCACCUCGUCAACAACUACUGUGUCUACCGCCUUGAGCCUGCCGUCCUCCACAAGCACAGCGUCACUCUCUACAGGUACCACUACCAUCUCAUCCACGUCAACUGCCACAUCCAUCACAUCGACCUCACGGAUAGCCUCAAUGCCAUCAACGAGUAAGGCACCACCAAAUCUGCCUCCGGGUGUGCCUUUGAUGGGUCAGUACAUUAUGGGACAGAGCACCAUGCCCCCAUUUUACAGUAUGCAGCCCCCACUGUAUGGAUAUGAUGAUGUUCAGCUCCUGCAGCAAAGAAUGCCUCUGCAAGCGGGCAGCUACUACGACAUGAGUGCUUUCCCUGCCCCCGCCGGAUCCACCUUACCAACAGGCAGAGACCAGCAGCCACCCAUCCCCAGCGUUCCAUUCUCUGGAACAUCUGCCGAUACAUCCAAGAUGCCACGUGUUGAUGCACAGAGCCCAAAUUCGGCUGCUCAACCCCAGAACCCCCACUCAACAGCACAGCCCUCUUUGAUCAAUUUCCACUAUGGUUACUAUUACCCAUCUAUGUUUCCAGCGGGAGCAGCGGGCCUUCAGUACCCCAUGUUUCCGAUCCCCCCAGUAACAAACGCUGCUGCACAUGCUGGUACCACGGCUACCACCCAGUUCCAAAAGUCUUAUCCAUCUCAUGUCUACACAACCAAAGGGUAUGAUGAGCUCAACCAGGCACAGGAUUUCUCUAAGACUGGUUAUGGCAGCUCUCCCAGUGCUGGCAAGACCUCGGGAACACGUAUGUCGACCAGAGCUGCCACUACAGAGAUGGCACCCAAUGCCUACAAAUCACACACGCAGGGGUUUGACAAGCAAGGUUUCCACGGAGGAACCCCACCACCGUUCAACCUUCCCCUAGCCACGGCCACCCAGGCGGGCCCCAUGGGUGCCCCGACCACUCCGUACGGAGCUCCUUUUCUGCCAGUGAUGGCCGCCCAUCAGGCCCACUCUCAGAUGAUGCAUCACCCCAUGCAGCAGGAUUCAAGCAGCUCCAGCAGCCGUGGGCUAAACCAGAAUACGAGCCAAGGCAAAACUGGAGCUUCUAAGUCAUACGGCGGAGCCCCUCCCUACUGGAACAACUGAGUGGUGUGGAGCGAGGAGCCUCCCCCCCUCACCCCCUCUAGGUGGGCCAGGGAGCUGGUCUGUCUGUCUGUCUACUCUCCUGGCCCGGUCGAGGGGCCGCCACCACCUAUUGCGCUGCUAGGGCCGCUGUGUUGGGAUUUCUGAUGUGGUUUUUUCAGCUGCACUUUUUUUGGUCAAGUGUGUAACAUUCAACCUUUCCAUGCCCUUGAAGGGAUUUUUUUGGUUGUUUUUUUCCCCCCAUCUCCAUCAUCCUUUGCAUGAAAUGGCAGUAACGAUUCUCAUGUUAUUUUUGAGAAGUUUGUGCUGGGAUAUUUAUUUUUAAAAUCUGAAACACACCCAUUCAAGGUCACGGAAGGUUGAGUUUCUUUAUUUUUCUUUCCUCCAUUAUCUUCUCACUUGGAGUUAUUUUUAAAGAUUUUAUUUUGUAGUGUUUGUAUUGACAAGCUUUUUAAAUUUUUUGUGUUGUGUAUAUUUUAGCUGUUACCUGUAAAUACUGAUUGUGGAUUCACUGUUUACUAGAGUACCUGAACAGAGUCAUCUAUUCAUGACACGAUCAGUCAAAUCACAUUUUGAGAGAUUUUUCUGGUGUUUAGGGAUUAUUUUUUUUCUGUUUUGUCUUCAGCACAUCAGAGGUUGUCUAUCAAAAAUAGAUCAUAAUGAAUGUCCAUCUUGUAGUUUCAGGUCCAGUAAAUUAUUUUAUCAUUUCUUUGAAGUACUGGAAAAAUCAAACUGUAUUUUGUAUUUAUCCCAAUCAUUGCCUUUGGAUUACGUUAAUUUUUCAGCUGAUAGAAUUGAUAAAAAUAACUCAAAAUGUAUUAUCCAAUUUAAGCCUGUUUUGUCACUUAUGUUAAUGCUUUUUUUUUUCUAUCUCUUUGGUUUUGUUUUGUAUAUCAUCAGAAAACUUGUUUUGUAAAUAAGCUUAGUUUUGUCAGCUUUCAAUUCUGUCAUGUAGCUCAUCAUUAUUCAUUGCAUCUUGUCAUUUGAUCAUACAUGUUGUUUCAAAGCCAGUCUGAAAGGACUUCAGUUUAUUUGAUGUACAUAGUCAGUUGUACAGAUUGUCUCUUGUUUCCCCCUUAAAUUCUUUGUCCUAGGCCUCGAAUCCCCCCCUUCCGACAGAUUUCAUUUCACAUUCAUUGAUUGGCAAAAAAUGUCAGGUAACUUGCAUUGAAUAUUUUUUUUUUCCAUCAAAUUCAAGUACUGUAACUCUGGCAUUAUGUGAAAGUCUUAAACGUGUGAAAGAUUUGUGUAAUAAAAAUACUGGCUAUAUAUUUCAGA